AUGAGGGGUGAAAUUUUGCACCUUCAUGUUGGCCAAGCCGGUGUCCAGCUUGGCAACGCAGCUUGGGAACUCUACUGUCUUGAGCACGGCUUCGGCCUCGACGGCCGCGUAGAUCCCAACCGCAGCGAGGAUGUAGACUACGGCUCGUGGGACACCUUUUUCACCGAGACCAGCGGCGGCAAGCACGUGCCUCGUUCAAUAUUCGUCGACCUCGAUCCCUCGCCCAUCGAUGAGAUUCGAACGGGCGAGUAUCGCCAGCUGUUCCAUCCUGAGCAGCUGAUUAGCGGAAAGGAGGAUGCGGCCAACAACUAUGCUCGCGGCCAUUAUACCGUGGGCAAGGAGAUGAUUGAUACUGUCAUGGACAGGAUUCGUCGUGUUACUGACAACUGCCACUCCCUUCAAGGUUUCCUCGUAUUCCACUCGUUUGGAGGCGGUACCGGAUCUGGCUUUGGCGCGCUCAUGCUGGAGCGUCUUGCUACCGACUACGGCAAGAAGACCAAGCUCGAGUUCACCGUCUAUCCUUCUCCUCGUACUUCCACUGCUGUUGUCGAGCCCUACAAUGCAGUUCUGUCAACUCAUAGCACCAUCGAGCACUCCGACUGCACCUUUUUGGUGGAUAACGAAGCUGUCUACGAAGUCUGCCGAAGAAACCUCGACAUUGCCCGCCCUUCUCUCAACCACCUCAACAACUUGAUUGCCCAGGUGGUCAGCUCCGUUACUUCGUCCUUGCGAUUCGACGGUGCGCUCAACGUCGAUUUGAACGAGUUCCAGACCAACUUGGUUCCUUUCCCGCGCAUUCACUAUCCGCUGGUCAGCUACGCUCCUGUCAUUUCUGCCAAGAAGAGCUCCCACGAGAGCUUCAAAAUCCAGGAGCUCACCCUCCAGUGUUUCGAGCCUCAAAACCAAAUGGUCGUGUGCAACCCCCAGAAUGGCAAGUACAUGGCCGUUGCUCUGCUCUACCGCGGAGACGUCGUGACUCGUGAUACCAACGCCGCUGUCGCCAUAAUCAAGCAAAAGUCCACUUUCCACAUGGUCGACUGGUGCCCUACCGGAUUCAAGGUCGGAAUCACGUACCAAAGACCAACCGCAGUUCCCAAUGCCGCUCAAGAAGGAGGUCUCGCCGCCGUCGACCGCUCCGUAUCUAUGCUCUCCAACACCACCGCCAUCGCCGAGGCCUGGUCGCGACUUGACCUCAAGUUCGACCUGAUGCACAACAAGCGUGCGUUUGUGCACUGGUACGUGGGCGAGGGCAUGGAAGAGGGCGAGUUCUCCGAGGCUCGAGAGGAUCUUGCUGCUCUUGAGAGGGAUUAUGAAGAAGUCGCUUCUGACUCUGUCGAACCUGAUAACAUGGAGUACUAG